CCCCCCCUCCUCGACCAUCACCACCACCACCAAACAGCCUCACCUCCAUUCCUCCCCAACCCACCCACACACCACACACCACCACGCAAAGAAAAAAUGGCCAGCAAAAACGUCGUCUUCGACGUAGUCGGCACCUGCGUCUCCUUCAGCGCCUUCUACGAGACCAUCCAGCAAACCCUCGGCCCGCAACUGGCCGCGCACAACCUCACGGCCCAAACCCUGGGCUUCACGUGGAUGACGAACGCGGAGCUGCAGUUCACCUUCCUGUCGAUCUCGGAGAGCUACAAGCCCUACAAGCAGGUGCUGACGGAGCUCUUCUACCAGACGCUCUUCAUGAUCGGCGUCGCCCACCCGACGGCGUUUGCGACCGCGGCCCAGCGCGACGCCUGCGUCGAGGGGUACAGCGCGCUGGCCCUCCGCCCCGGCCUCGCCGAGUGCUUCGCCACGCUCCGCGCCGCGGGUUUUACCGUGUGGUGCCUCACGACGGGGGACACGCAGCGCGUGCGCGGGUACUUCCUGCGCGGCGGGGUCGACAUGCCCGCCGAGAACUUCCUGAGCUGCGACACGGCCGGCGUGGCCAAGCCGGCGCUCAAGGCGUAUCGGCCCGCGCUGCAGGCGUUGGGGUACGUUGACGGAAAGGAGAAGCCGUGGUUCGCGGCCGCGCAUCUGUGGGAUGUCGCGGCGGCGACCAAGGCCGGGUUCCGCGGCGCGUACUGUACGGUCUACGAGGGGGAGCCAUGCUAUCGCGUCUUUGAGGCAGGGUUGGAUGUUACAGCGGAUGAUUUGGUCGGGAUGGCGGAGGGGAUUGUUCGGGCGACGGAGGGGAGGGCUGAGUAAGGGGUCUGGUUGUUGGUCGGGGAGGUUGGGGUGUAGGGGGCCAUAGAUUAUUGAUUUUAUGAAGCUUUUGUUGUUUGUUGUGCGCUUGCAUGGGAGAUUACGAAGAGUUUGACGAUAUUGGCUGUCGGUAUAUUCAACGACUGGGCUUGUUAUGAUAUGAGUGUGAGAGUGUGAGAGGCACGAUAAGGCUAAGUUGUUGAUCCCGCCUGGCGGUGUAGUGAUCUGUGGCAGAUAAUAUUCACGUGACUAGGAAAGCAAUGACAUAAUCCAGGGGUCCGAC